CCGACCUCAACCAACUGUCCACUUGACAUGAAUGACACGGCGUCUGCAAAGACUUCAGAAUGACGCCCGAGGACAUUGAACGCCUCUUUGCCGGUGCCGAGGUCGAUGUGGACAGGCAGACUGCCCCUGUCGCCGCCGAUGAGCAUAGCGAGGGCCUUUCUGACAGAGUCACCCUACUGAAGCCAGUUCUCAGCUAUGUCGAAACGCUCUGGCAGUCGGGCUCGUUGAGACUCGACGAAGCUGCACAGGCUAUCGCUGAUGGAAGUCGCAAAGAGAUAUGGCGAGAGCCUCUGGGCGACUCUGGCAUUCUCAACUUCUUCCUCUCUCUGCUCGCCACGGAGGAGGCUCUACGGCCUUCACUCAUCCUGCAGAUUCUGCGGCUCACCGGAAAUGCCUGCGCAGAUACAAAUGCCAACCGUCAGAGGGUCAUAGAUGCCGGUGUGCUGCCCAAGCUUGUAGCUCUCCUCGUCCAGGAUGCCAUGCUGCCUAUUGUGCUGGUGGUACUCAACAAUCUCUGCAAUGACCAUGAGCCAUCUCAGAAAGCGGCAUACCUGGCCGGGCUGAAUCCGGAACUCAUCACCAUUCUCUCGGGCCCACGACUUGAUCAGGCCCGUCCGUUCUUCUCCAUCAUCUUCAGGCUCUUGGAGGAGCUCUCAACCCAGGAGCCAGAAUCCAACUUUGUUCAUCCAGCAACGCCAUACGUCCUGCUUAAGCUGGCCCUCGAGUCGUCGGAUGCUGGCGACCUCGAGGACUUCUUGGGUCCCACACCAGUCGCGCUCACCUAUCUUUCCCAUCAGCAGUUCCAGGACUCCUUCGUCCAGACUCCCGGCGCAAUUUCCCUCCUGCUCAAGGCCUUCACUGUGGUCACAGACGACCUUGGCCCGUCCGGGCCCGAGCCCGACGAGCAAGAACGCCUGAAAAAGGUGCAGUCCGUGUUUGUCCAGGCGAUCGCGGACUUAUCCGCUCAUGAUGUCUUUGCGUCAACCUAUCCCCUAGACAGCGAAGUGAUCCAGACCCUCACCACAUGGCUCUCGCCAGACCCUUCAGGCCCAACCGCCGCCAAGGCAACCGCGGCAAGUCUCGCACUGGGCAACCUCGCUCGCUCCGAUGCCGUGUGCACAAAGUUGGUCCAGGACCCGUCACUGCAAGUCCACAAGCCCCUGGCGGUGCUCCUCGCCGACCAGGCCACGACCGACGCGCAGCUGCUGCACUCGAGCCUGAGCUUCCUCAAGAACCUGGCCAUCCCCGCAGGCAACAAGGCUGUCCUGGGCGAGGCCGGCCUCCUCGACGAUGGCGGCGCCCUCCCGCGGCUCUGGGGGCUCACUGUGCAGCCUCAAGUCCAGUUCGCUGCCGUCUCGCUGACGAGACUGCUCCUCGUGCAAUGCCCGGCGAACGUGAGGCGGAUACUGCAAGCUCCUGGUGGUGGGCUGACGGACAAAGGAAAGACCAAGUUCACCUCCCUACUCACCGCCUUCAAGGACUCCGACCAGGAACCUACCAAGAUGGAAGCCGCACGAGCUGCCCUUGCCGUGUGUCGUGUGCUGCACUCUCCCGACACAGAACUACCCAGCUUGCUCUCGUCGCUAAGCUUGUCCACCCCUCCCGCAGAAGGGACAGCACAACCACCACCGCCGCCGUCAUCUCACCUCCUGCACGCAUUCUACGAGCUCCACGGCCAGGGCCUGGUCAAGAUCAUCCUGCACCUCGCGGCGCAGAGCAAGUUCCCCACGCUGCGCUCGGAGCUGUGGUUCGUCCUCGCGCUCGUGGCGCGGUCCGACGCCGGCGCCAAGUUUCUGGCUGGGUCGGUGGUUGGGCGGUACGAGUUCCUGAGCGAGCUGACGCGGACCAUCACGGGAGAGAAUGCCGUCGAGGGGAAAGAAGACGAGUUGAAUAACACGGCGGCCACCGCCAUCACUGGGCAAGGGACGGGUCAAACAGGGGUGACCACGCAUGUCCACUCCGAGACGGACGAGCACGGGACGACAGAUCCCGCAAUCACAGCGCCAGGGGUCAAGCUCGAGCUUGAGCCGCAGCAGGUUGGGGCGCAGGCGGCGGCUGGGUUGGCAAAGGUCGACAGGGAGAACGGCAUCGUGCUGGUGCAUGAGCUGGUGAAGCAGGUUGGGCUGCAGGGUUUUGGGUCACCAGUCGUGGCUGAUGUGUUGGGAAAGAUUGUCAAGGAUACGCCGGAGCUGUUAAAGUCUUGAGUCAUCGUCUGAUCGAGGUUAGCAUAUAGCAUUUGGCGUAAACGAACGAGCUCAUAAUGCAGAACAUGGUCCCUAUGAUGACCGACGUGGCUUUCACAGCAUGUAGCGAGAUGAAAGAUUUUGGUUUCAUGA